AUGCCUGAAUGGUCCUUUGACUUCACAAGCAGGAUACGGAAGAUUAACAAAAGGCCCAUCAAGGUCGAGAAACAACUGAGGGAAGAUACCUGUGAUAGCUUUGGAGUGCGGCAUGUCCUGACGCUGGCACGCUACCUUGACACGGACGAAGAGGUCAUGCUGAAGAUUCGCUACGAUCUGGAUCCAAAAACAUACGAUAUCGAAGACGUUGAAGAGAACAGAGAAGAGGUUGAACAAGACUUUUGGAAUGAGAUUGAUGGGGUCAACAUUGUCCAUGAAAUCGGCCAUGGACCUGGAUAUAUUGACCAUGUCUCACAGCCUGCUGGCCCAAGAUUCCCAUAUCCUAAUGGCUGGGUGGACUUCAUCGUCAUGUCAAGAGUCCCUGGAGAGAACCUGGAGGAUAUAUACCGUGGCCUCUCUCGUGACCAGCUUGAGAGCAUUCGAGAACAGCUUGCUUUUAUCUUUGAGCACAUGCGGCAGAAUUGCGCAGCGCUGGGUAUCCAGAACCCGAGGUUCCUCCAAUAUGACAGACAAAAUGAUAAGGUGUACAUCGUCGAUUUCUCGUCUCUAUGCAUCAUAGAUCCGUCGCACCCGAGCUCCAAGCCUAUUACCGUUAAUGACGCAUGGGUGCUUGAAUUCGGCAUGUGGCCAAAGAGCCAUUUCGAGCCUCUUCAGUGA